UGCGCAUGCGCGUCACAAGCCAAACAACAAUGGCGCUUCGCUGUGGUUCCGUGCGUCUUAACUCGCUUGUUAACAUCCACCCUUCCUUCAAAUGUGCUUCGUUUAGCGUCCGUUCGUCUGCAAACACCGCGUCGUCCAAAAGAGUAGCAACCAGCACCUCAGAGACCUCGGUCGACCAUUUACUCUACACACCAAAUCACUUCGCCCUGAAGGAAUCCCUCAAAAAGAUCAUCGACCGGGAGAUCAACCCUAACGUGGAUCAGUGGGAAGCGGAGGGAAAUUUUCCAGCCCAUAAAAUUUUCAAGAUCCUAGGAAAUGCUGGUUUUCUUGGGGUCAACAAGCCAGUUGAGUAUGGCGGCUUAGGACUCGAUUACAGCUACAGCGUGGCUGUGUCUGAACAGCUGGGUUACAUCCGCUGCGGAGGCAUCCCCAUGGCCAUCGGCGUCCAGACCGACAUGACCACGCCCGCGCUCGCCAGAUUUGGUUCAGCCGAGCUCAAGAAAGAGUUUCUGCUUCCAAGCAUCCUGGGGGACAAAGUUGCCUGCCUUGGAGUUAGCGAAGUCGGGGCCGGUUCUGAUGUGUCGAACAUUAAGACCAAGGCGGUGAGAAAGGGGGAUGAAUAUGUGAUCAAUGGGAGCAAGAUGUGGACCACCAACGGCACCCAGGCAGACUGGAUGUGCCUCCUCGCCAACACCAGUGACGGCCCCCCGCACAGGAACAAAUCCCUCAUUUGUCUGCCCAUGAACCUGCCAGGAGUGCACAUCGCUCGCAAGAUCGACAAAUUGGGCAUGUGGUCGUCAGACACGGCCGAAGUGUUUUUCGAGGACGUCAGAGUUCCUUGCGCCAACGUUAUUGGCCAGGAAGGCAUGGGCUUCACUUAUCAGAUGCUGCAGUUCCAAGAAGAGAGGCUCUGGGCUGUGGCCAACAUCCUGACCACAAUGGACAUCAUCAUUCAGGAAACCAUCGACUACACUCGGCAGAGGAAGAUCUUCAAUCAGCCGGUGCUCCACCACCAGGCGGUUCAUUUCAGGCUUGCCGAGCUGCAAACGGAGGUGGAGUUGCUGCGUGCUCUCCUCUACCAGGCCACAGCAUUGUAUAUCAAAGGCAAUGAUGUCACCAAGAUGGCAUCCAUGGCCAAAUUAAAGGGGGGCCGGUUGGCCAGAGAAGUGAGUGACAGCUGCCUCCAGUACUGGGGAGGGAUGGGCUUCACCAGUGAUGUGCUGGUCAGCAGAUUCUACAGGGACUCCAGGUUAAUGUCCAUCGGGGCCGGGGCUGACGAGGUCAUGCUCGGCAUCAUCUGCAAAUUCAUGGACACGCUACCCAAGAAAUGACCUCAUUAAUGACUUUCUCAUCAAUUAGCUUGAAACUCCUUUUAAUGAGCAACAAAGCUAAUCACCUAAGUGCAAUUCAGCUAAUAAUUUAUAGAUCAUAAAAAGUUGGGUCUUUUUGACUGGACAUAAGAACACCUUAUAUUGAAUGUGAUAUGU